AUGCCAUUAUCAAGUUUAUCUGAAGUUGUCCCAGAUAAAGCAAAUGUUUUACUUUCACCAGAACGUUUUGUAAUUGAAGUUCCUCGAGGUUUAUAUCAUUCAAUGGCAAUAAUAAUGCUUAUUAUAUGGUAUAUUUCAUCAGCUGCAACAUUAUUUUCAAAUAAAUAUAUAUUAAGUCAUUUAGACGGUGAUGCUUUUUCAUUAGGUACAAAUCAACUUCUUAUAUCUGUAAUAAGUGGUUAUAUUCAAAUACAAUUUAUAAAUAAAUAUCAUAGGUCAUUAGAUAAAAAUCCAAUGAUUAUGAAGAAUGUAUAUCGUGAUAUGAUGUUUAUUGGUGCAUUUCGUUCUGUGACUGUGAUUUUAGGUUUAAUUGCAUUGAAAUAUAUAGCUGUAUCUUUUGUGGCAACAAUAAAAUCAUCUUCGCCAUUAUUUACUGUUAUUAUAAGUCGAAUUAUGCUUGGAGAAAAAACAAGUUACUGGACUAAAUUUUCAAUGAUACCAAUCACAGUUGGUCUUUGUCUAAGUAGUUCAUUUGAAUUAAGUUUUAAUUUAUUUGGAUUUUUAUGUGCUUUGGGCACAAAUAUAUUUGAUUGUUUACAAAAUGUUUAUUCAAAAAUAUUAAUUAGUGGUGAACAUUAUCGUUAUUCAGCUAUUGAAUUACAAUUUUGGGCAAGUCUUCUUGCAUGUAUUUUUCAAUUACCUUUACUUGUUUAUUAUGUCGAUAUUCCAUUAGCUAUAAAAUUAACUUCGAAAACAUUAGCUUGUUUAUAUAUUUUUAAUGGACUUUUUUAUCAUAUACAAUCAGUAGCUGCUUUUGCUAUAAUGGCCUAUAUAUCUCCGAUAACACAUAGUAUUGCAAAUACAAUUAAACGAGCAUUAUUAAUAUGGUUAUCAAUAAUUAUAUUUCAUAACCCGGUGACAUUUUUGAGUGGAGCAGGAACAUUUAUUGUUAUUUUUGGAGUUAUUAUAUAUAAUGAAGGAAGGGACGUAGAGAAAAAAACUGGAAUUUUAAAUAGUGAUAAUACAACAAUGCUUACAUGGCGGCAUGUUUAA